UUAGUUUUCCGUAAGAUCUCCACGCGCGCUGUUGUCUCCGGAAUAUCUUCAAAAUAUAUAUCGCUCGCAAUCGGCGGAAACAUGAAUUCGCAAUCGGCAGUGCGUCGCUAUCCACACAGUUUUUCCAUCGAACAAAUUCUGGCCAAGCCGGAAAUGCGCAGCUCCACUUCCUUUGAGGACUCCGUGCAGGAUGAAAGCGGUCGCGGUGGCAAUUGUCUCGGUGCUUCACGGGCUUCCAGUCCGGCAACAUCGAGUUGCUUGGAUGACAACAUGGACGACGGCAAAAGUGAUAUCGAUUUGGCCUCAGAUGAUGGAAACGGCCUUGGUGAUGACCGCAAAAAGCGACCGCGUACCGCCUUCUCGGCAGCUCAAAUCAAAGCACUGGAAACGGAGUUCGAAAGGGGAAAGUAUCUUUCGGUGGCGAAGCGAACUGCACUGGCCAAGCAGCUGCAGCUCACAGAAACGCAGAUCAAGAUCUGGUUCCAAAACCGCCGCACCAAGUGGAAGCGCAAGUACACCUCGGACGUGGAAACGCUGGCCUCGCACUAUUACGCCCAGCUGGGUAUCGGGGGAUUGGCCAGGCCGAUGGUGGUUGGUGAUCGCCUUUGGCUCUUUAGCCAAACGCCAACGGGUCCCACGCCCAUUCAGUCCAUUAUGCUAAAUGGCAGUGGCUCCGCUGCACCCAUGGCCUCAGCAACGACGGCCACCGGCUCACCCAUGCGUCCGUACGCGACUAGCGGCGGAAUGCCACCGUUGCCGGGUCCCAGUGUGAUGGAGAGUGCCCGUAAUGCCAUACUGGCACGUGGACAACCCUUGAACUUCGCCCUGCCCUUUGGCGUGGCUAAGCCGCCGGCGGGUGGUGUGCCUGCGGCCAGCUACAUCCCUCGCUGCAAGCCGUAUGCGACCAGCUAUGUGGACUACGCGGCGUCACUGCCAACGAACGAGAGCUAUCUGCAAAUGAAGUACGCGACGCUGCCGCCGGAAGCGGAAAGCGGCGCCUCCAAUGGCCUCGCCGAACUGGAACGCGUCUUUGGGGAUGCCAAUGCCAACUUUCUGCAACAACGCAGCACGCCAGUCGCUGGAACAGCCACAGCCUACGGCCACGAUGGAUUAAAUCAGGCGCAGCGGAGCCGCAGACCCACACAAUCGGAGUCCGAGUGCAGCGACAUUGACUGCGAGCAUCUGGACGAGGAUGAGGAGCCACCUGCUGCGGAGUGAAAAGGCGAUUGGUUGUCUUUAGAAUUUAUGUUCCGUACGUCUCUCAUACACACAAAAAUAUGCUCAUACAAAGUGUAGUCAUAGGGGGUAGUAGAGUAGGUGUCCUGUCUGGGUUGAUUCCAUUACAACUAGCUGAGAGUGGCACACUUUCAGAUCUGGCCGGGAUUACUGGCGUACCCCUGGUGGCUCAGCACUGGUCUAGUUUACGUUGUGGUUCUAGUACUAGUACUAGCGCUAGUUAUUGCUAUUCUAUGUUACAUUGUGUGGGUCGGGUACUGUUUACUGACUGGCUCUCAACAAUUAAUAAAUGUAAAUUAAAUAAUCAAAAAUCACAAAUAUUACACGUCCGUUGCCGUUAGAACUCUAGUUGGAUCAACUUAAAUGCUACAAAUUACACGCUGCAUACUAUAACUUAACCAUUGCUAUAACUAUUUGCAAUUUAACACGAUAAAUUGAGAGAGAUAGACAGAUAGAGAGAGCUGUAACAAAAGCGAACGACACUGACUUAUUUACAAUUCAUUGCGUUGCUUGUGUGGCUGGUGUGCUAGAAUGGAACACUUUUGGCUCUUGCCACACACAGUUCGGUUCGGUUGACUACUAUACAUAGUGGAGACUCAUUUGAUUUGAUUUUGUUACGCCAACAGUAGGUCCGUAGGCUAGGGAUCUGGAGCAGACGAAUUGCGUUUUCUAUCAGAAAUCAGGGCUAGUACUCCAAGUACUCCUGCCUACGCGAUGGCUGCGAACAGCGUCUACUGUUCGAGGAGAUUCCAUAGUUACAACUUAGCUAAUUGGUCAAAUAAAAAUUAAAACUC